CCGAAGCAAUCUAUUGAUUUACACGCAACCGAAUCCCUUCUAAUUGCAAAUACCACCGUUCCUCCUGUAUUCGUUGCGAUUCCAACGGUCAUAUCCAUCAUACCUCGCUGACUCGAUCACAAGAUGACAAAGUCACCGACCCGAUCUCCUCCCUUCUCCACAACCACCGCCACCAAAGUCCCACAAGAAAUCAUUAGCGAAGAAGAAAUGGCGCUCAUCGAUUCUGCCUUCGCCUCCGCAGCCGCCCAGUUCCCCCGUAAUCAGAGAUCCAUUCAGUCGAUAACUCGCUUAUCCAAACGCACACUUUUGGAUUCUAUGGCAACCGGCUCUUCGCCUGAUAUUGAGGACUCGGGUCGCGUUGGCUGGUCGGACAGUAGCCCCCUGAAGAAGAGAAACAGAGGUCUCGACUCGUUUCUCCAUAGGUUCCGGCGGAAAAGAGGUCUCUCUGUUACAGAUAUUACUGCCACGGAAUGGUGUGAAAAGCAAAUGGAGUUUUGUCUACUCUUUGGAAAACCAGAAAAGACUAAAGCUAUGAAAGCAGGCAGUGUUCGCCAUGUGGAACUGGAAGAAGAGGUUAUUAAAAGAGUAAAAAUUCACGUUUCAUCAAAUGAAGAUGUGUGGGCACUGAAGUUCGUGAAUUUUAUAAUUGGUGCAAAUCAACUGAUUUUUGAUGGAUUGACACGCGAGUUGCCAAUAGUAGGCUUUGCAGAAGGCAUAUGGAUGGUAGGAGUAAUUGAUGAAAUCCGUAUAUCAGAGUCUGAAAGAUAUGCAACAUUGGUUGACACGAAAACUCGUGUGCAAGCAAAAUUUCCGACUGAACCUCAGCAAAGAAAUGGAAGGCUUCAGUUAAUGUGCUACAAGCGUCUAUGGGACAGUUUAGUUGAUGAUAAAUUUCCCGUACAAAAAUUUUUUGAUUUCUUUUCAUUGAAUCCUCAUUGCAUAUUACCCGCCGAAAUUAGAGAAAAUACGGCAAAGUCUGGUUUUGCGUCAGAGACUCUGAAUGAUCUGGUGAGGUAUUUUCGGAAUAGUUGUUUCCAGCUACCUCGAGCUCACGGCCUGCUAACUUUGAGAUAUGAAUUGCAAGCAGAUCAAUCCUUGAUCGGUGAGGAUGAAUUUGCGUAUGAUUGUGAAUGGGUUAAGGGUCAAAUUAAGUCCUCUCUUGAGUUUUGGGUAGGUGAGAGAAAAGCCAGUUAUACUCCGACAGAGGAGCGUUGGAAAUGCAGAUUUUGCAAGUUUGCCAAUGUGUGUCCAGGAAACUCCAAUCCCAAUGCUUCUUCUACACCAAGCUAAAGGAAAAUUUCACAAAUAUUCGUUCGUAUCUCCUCCUGAAAUUGCAAUUAUUCCUUGUUAGAUACAGGGUGUUGCGAUAAAACACCGGCCGUAUUCAUUCAAGCUUUUUAUUUAUUAGAAUUGUUAUUGAAAAGCCUAGCCCUUCUUCCUCUUGCAAAAUCCAUUUUAUUUAUCAAUGGAAUAUGUUAUGUUGAAUAUGUGGGAUGGCUAAUGUUCGUUCAUUUUAUGUAUUGUUUCCACAACCCCAAGCUCUAUAAAAAUCUAAUAUUUUCGCAUC